UAUAAUUGUUAUUUGUGUUCUAAAAAAGAUACUAGUAAUAGUCUCGACAGUAUCUCGUGAGCUUCAAUCAAUCUUCUUCAUGCUGCGUUGACUUCCAGGUUACUGAAACUCGGAGAGCGGUAUUUAAUGGCUGGGCAAGCUUCGUUUUUCUACGAUGUGUUCCUGAGCUUCAGAGGUGAUGAUACGCGAUAUGGUUUUACCGGAAAUCUCCACACUGCUCUUCAUCAAAGAGGAAUCCAAACGUUCUUUGACGAUCACGAUAUUCCAAAAGGUGAAGAAUUAACUUCAUCACUUGUUAAGGCUAUUAAAGAUUCCAGGAUCGCCAUCGUUGUGUUUUCUAAGAACUAUGCUUUUUCCAAGUUUUGCUUGAAGGAACUCACCGAGAUACUAGACUGCUAUGAGGAGAAGAAGAAGAAGAAGAAUGGUCGAAUGGUUUUACCUGUUUUUUAUAAAGUGAAUCCUUCUGAUGUUCGAUACGGUAGAGGAAGUUACGGAGAAGCACUGGCUAAGCACGAGGAGGCGUUUAAGGAUGACCUGGAGAUGGUUAACAAAUGGAGGACUUCACUACACAAAGCUGCUAAUCUCAAAGGCUUUCAUUUCAAACAUGGGGAGGUAUAUGAAUAUCAAUUAAUUUCCAGUAUAUUUAAGGAAGUCUCACUCAAGAUUAAUCGUACACUUUUACAUGUUGCCAAUUAUCCUGUUGGAUUGGAGUCUAGAGUGGAUAAAGUAAACUCACUUCUCAACAUUCCGUCGAAUGAUGUAGAUUUCCACAUGGUAGGCAUCCAUGGUAUUGGUGGAAUUGGUAAAAGUACUGUUGCUCGAUCAGUAUAUAAUUCGAUUAGUGACAAGUUUGAAGGUUUUUGUUGUUUUCUUGAAGAUGUGAGAGUGAGUUCGCAUAAAUAUGGCUUAUUAAAUCUCCAAGAGACGGUUCUUUCUGAGAUACUUGGAGACAAGAAAAUCAGGUUGGGCAAUGUGCGGAAUGGAAUGUCAAUAAUAGAACAAAAGCUCUCCAAUAAAAAGGUUCUUUUGGUUCUUGAUGAUGUUGACCAAAAAGAGCAGUUACAGGCUAUUGUUGGAUCACCUAAUUGGUUUGGUUCUGGUAGCAUCGUAAUCAUUACAACUCGGGACAAAGAUUUACUAACACAUUAUGAGGUUAAAAGUAAACUAUAUGAGGUGGAGGAACUGAACGACAAAGAAGCCUGUGAAUUGCUUAGUUGGAAUGCUUUCAAAACUGACAAAGCUGAUCCAAAGUACACCGACAUUUUAAACCGUGCAUUGUGUUACGCUUCUCGGCUCCCACUGGCUUUGGAGGUAGUAGGUUCCAACCUGUUUGGGAAAGGAGAAGAAGAAUGCAAACUCAUAUUAGAUCGGUAUGACAGAAUUCCAGAUAAAAAGAUCCAGGACAUACUACGAGUAAGCGUUGAUUCCUUGGAUAAAGAUGACAGGGAUGUUUUUCUUGACAUUGCUUGUUGCUUCGGAGGAUAUAAAUUGUCUGAUGUUGAAAAUAUACUACAUGCUCACCAUGGUUCAUCAAUGAGACGUGGUAUUGAGCUGUUGAUUGAAAGAUCUCUCAUAAAGCUUGAUGAUAGUCUUGUGGCAUUACAUGAACUGAUACAAGACAUGGGUAAAGAAAUUGUGCGACAAGAAUCCAAAGAGCCCAAUGAACGCAGUAGGUUAUGGAACUUUGGAGACGUAGUCCAAGUUCUAGAAGAAAACAUGGGAACUAGCAAAACUCACAUGUUAAUUCUGGAUUUUCCCAAAGAUGAAGGACACAUGAAAGGAUCCAAAGGAGAAGUAGUAAAUUGGGAUGGAGAGGCCUUCAAGGAAAUGAAAAACCUCAAAACUCUUAUUAUUAGAAAUGGCCAUUUUAACAAAGGCCCCACGCGUCUUCCAAAUAGUUUAAGAGUUUUGAAAUGGCAUGGAUAUGCUUCAUCAUCGUUACCACGUGAUUUUCAUCCAAGAAAACUGUGCAUACUCGAGUUACCUGACAGCUGCUUAAAGCCUUGUGAACCAAUCCAGGCAUUUGCAUAUUUGAGAAUUUUGGAUUUUAGCUACAGUGAGUAUAUAACUGAGAUACCUGAUGUAUCUGGUCUCCCGGAUUUAGAAAAAUUGUCAUUUAAACAUUGUGAGAAUUUAACUAAAAUUCACGAGUCAGUUGGAUAUUUGGGAAGUCUUAAGAUAUUGGAUGGUUCUAGUUGCAUGAAUCUUAAUACUUUUCCACCCAUCAUAUUGACCUCUCUCGAACAACUCAAUCUUUCACAUUGCUCAAAUCUUGAGAGUUUCCCAGAAAUAUUGGGGAGAAUGGAAAAUAUAACAGAACUUCAUAUAAUGGGGAGUCCGAUUAAAGAACUACCUUUUUCAUUUCAAAACCUCACCCGGCUUCGAAAGUUGGAACUACAAAUAUGUGGAAUGGUUCAGUUACCUAGCUGCAUUUUCAUGUUGUCAGAACUAAGUUUGAUGCAUGUUUCAAAAUGUGAAGGGUUGUGGUUAUCGGGACAGGACAAAGGUAAAGAAAUGGCGCUCAAGUCUUCAAAUGUGGACCGUCUUAUUCUCACUGACUGCAAUAUAUCCAAUGACUUCCUUCCAAUAGGUCUUAACAUUUUUUCCAAUGUCAAAGAUUUAAACCUAUCAGGCAACAAUUUCACAACUGUUCAUUCAUGGAUCAAAGAAUGUAACUUUCUGAGGAACCUUAAGCUGGAUAAUUGCAGUAAUCUACAAGAAAUUAGUGGGAUUCCAAAGAAAUUAGAAACAUUUUCUGUGAAAGGAUGCACAUCCUUGAAAUGCUUGGACCUCACUGUUCUUCCUGCAUGCACCGCAGAAUCUUGUUCUUUGAAAGAACUGAUUUUGGAUGACUGUGUGUAUCUUCAAGAAAUUGCACGGCUUCCACAAAACUUGGACGUGCUCUCUGCAAAAAACUGCACCGCAUUAACAUCCCAGAGUAUAAACAUGUUAAUGAAUCAGAGAGGAGUGCAGGCUGGAAACAAGAUGUUUGUUUUCCCCGGAAAAAAAAUUCCAGAGUGGUUCAGGCAUUGUUUAAGUGUGAAAAAGGCUCAUGUCUCAAGAGUGGUUAGAAAACAAGAAAUCGCAGGGUCAUUUUCUUUCUGGUUUCACAACAAAUUUCCUGCAAUUUCUCUCUGUCUUGUAAUUGGACUGGGGAAUGAGCAACCUAUCGCGGUCAAUUUUAGCCCCCGAGUAUUCAUCAAUGGCCAUAAGCAGUGUAUUGGCGGUCAGAAGGUUUACAACUUCAUCAUAGCUACUGAUCAUGUACUUCUGCUAAACUUUGAAGAUAGUGAGGACAUAGUGUUUUCAGAUAAUGAGUGGAAUCAUGCAGAGGUUUCAUAUGUUGAUCAUAUUACCAACGAUGAGGUGCCAAUCAGACAGGUUGUGAGUUAUAGUGGAAUACAUGUAUUUGGAGAAACAACCUAUCCAGGAAAUUUCUGUUUCACCAAACCUCCACAAACAGUGAUAAAUGCAAAUUCGAAUCCAAAUUCAAUGGAGGGGACACAACAAGGAGUUAAGGACACUGAGGAGAGACCUCGGAGAGACCAGACAAAGGUCCAGGCCCAACUUCGACCUCCAAUUGCCGCUGUGGCAAAAAAAGAUAUGGCCUCUAAACUAUUAGUUCCGGCUAAGAGGUCUUUGGAGGAUGUAGUCGGAGAAACUUCAGAAAGGAUUCAAGAUGACGAGGUUCAUCCUACUACAAUUUCAAAUGAUCAUCCUGUCAUUCAAAGUUGUCGUGAGGGUGAUGAUAUUGAACUGGAAGGAGUAUCCUCUUCUGACUCAGACGAUCCCUUUGAUCGUGUUGAUAGAAGACUCGGUAUUAGUGCCGAGGAAACCAUUUCUGCUGCAUCAAGUUCUGGAGUUGCUUCACUUGGAUCAAUUAGAGAGGCUAUUAACUCAUUGGAGCUGUUAAUGGCUAAGGACUUAUCUGAAUUCUCUUGUGAUCCUGAUACACAGUAUGGACUUCAUCAUCUGUUAGAUCUACUGAGUACAAGUAGCCACCCCAAGGUGAGUUUAGAGGUGAAGGAGGCUAUUGCAGAGUUCAAGAGAAAGUCCUUUUUAUCAUUCCAAGAAUUCCAAUCCACUGUUGAGUCUGUCAACAAGCUGAAGGAUUUUGAGAAGCAUCUAGAUAGAAUUCAGCAGGAGAGUAUGGCAGGCAAGGGUCAAAGGAAGGAGCUCAAAAGCUCAAUAAAAAAGGUUUCUUUGGGCAUCAAGGCCGAAAAUAGAAGGAAAAAGGAGUCAGAUGAAGAAAUUUCAACGUUAAGAAUGCAACUAGCUAAGAAAGAAAGGGACCUAGAACAACUUGUGCUGAAUCUCGAGAAUCAAGAGAAAUCACUCUCAACAUUUUCAACAAAUUAUGCUUCUCUCAACGAGCAAGCUCGAGCACUCCUAAAAGAAGCCGACGAUCUACUGGCUACGAGCUGUUGGGUAAAGCAUGAGGGUGAAGCCGCUGAAGUGGAGCAGGAUAGGCUCAAGUCCAUCUGGUCUAUUGGUCUAACCAGCCAGUUUAAUGAGAUUAAAAAGACCUUUUUUUGACUAUGAUGUGUAGGAUGCAAUGUUUUUUUCAAACCAUUCUAUCAAGAACGACCAGGAAAUUAAUGUAAUAAAGAAAAUAUUUGGCUUUGCAGUGUGUUUCUUGGUAAGCUAUCACCUUGCUAACAGUUGUCAAUUCUAGACUCCAUAACAAGGAAUUACUGGCUAAUGGCUAAGGGCUGAAGGGUUCACAAAUUAGAAAGGAUGAGAAGUACUCCUUACUUCAGAUGCAAAAAUGAGGAAUUCCUGAAACUUGUUCAAACAGAGAUGAUUCGGUGCACACAGAUAUUUAAACUCCCUACUAGGUCUCAAGUGACAAGUCUAGUAUUCUGCUGUAAAAUUUCCAGCAACUCUUGGAAAAUUUAUACGGGUAUUUGUUCUGUUAUGACUGCUUAUCUCCAUGCAGAAAGCAAGAAAACAUUUAUAUGAUCUUUUAUGAUUAGUGUGUUGUUGAGUGUAAUUCGUUAGUGUCUCAAUUGUAGUUACUUGGAAUACAAGUAAUAGUUGGUUUAGUUAGUUAUGACUGUUAGAGAAGUGUAGUUAGUUAGAGUUUUAUUGGUGCCUUGUAAUGCAAGUACCAACCAUAUAUACUCUUGAAUUUUGAUCAUUGAAAAGUAGUGCAAGUGUGUUUCAUUCUCUCUUCUCAAUCUUCAUCUCUUCCAUUCGUUCAUUCUAAUCAAAGGUGCAAAGUGUGUGUGAAAGAACAAAGCUAAAGCAAACCCGUGUGCAUCAUUUAUGUGCUUGUGUGAAUGAGUGCUUUAGGUUUAUUCCAACAUGAGCGUCAAAUUACAUGAAUGCUGAUCAACAAAAUCUGACAUGAAAAC